UGCGCAUUGUUUUGAUUUGAGUCACCGACCAGAAGUAUGCUGAAUUUUUCUCCAAGUGCCUUAUUUGAAAUUCUCUUUUCUAGUUAUGAAUCUGCACGAUAGUCCCGAUUGUUUAUUUAUUAGCAAUUUGUGAUAGUCAAAACUCUUUUGUGCCAUUUCGUAUCCCGUGUAUGCUUUUCCCUCGUGAUAAUAGUCACUCGCCAACUUUUUCUAACCUAUCAGGACAAGGACCUAGCAUUUCUGAACAAGCAUUCCUGUAUUUACUUUCACUGACCAAAGUUCAUACAAAGACUGAGUUGACUGUCAAUGACAUAUGUGUGACUGCUGAUGCAAAAAUAAAGUUGUAGUGUUGACAAAUGCCUAGUUCGAGCCACUCAAACAAUAUGGCGGCAGGAGAAGUGUGGCUACAGUGGUUCUCAUGCUGUAUUCAAGAAACCCAGCAGAGGUCAAGGCAUCAAAAGAGGCAAAGAGGAAGAGUGCGGAUAGACCGAUCGAUGAUUGGAGCUCCAACCAAUUUUCAGCAUACUGGCCAUAUAGGAUCAAUGGACGUCGGGAACUCUGGUGUCUACAAAGUCAUCGAAAAUCAAAUGAAAUCAAAAGGAGGGUAUGAACCAUCCUCCACUACCACUGUUAAGGCUUGUUGAUCUGAGUUAAUACUGCUGAGCAGAAAAUCAUGUAAAUUAUUAAUUGCUUCUUCUCCAGGAAGGAUCAGGAAGUCAAGGGUGUAAAUGAAGAAACAUCUCUCUCCGGUUGCCUUUUAAGUCUCAGUUCUUUUUCCUGCAUUUCCAUUACUGAGGUAUUCUUUUCAAUUAAUGGAUUUAUCCAGUACUAAGUCUGCUCUUUGUUCAACGAAAUCAGACUUUCUGAAAUUAUUACCAAAAUUCUGUUGAAUACCUGCAAUAUUAAUGUUGCCACAAGCAUUCUGAAGACCAAAAAUUUAUAAAAUUUGACUUAAAUUAGCCCAAAAGACUAUGAAAAUUCUCUAUUACAUUGAUUUGUUUCCUAAGUGUCGCAGCACCUAAAUCUAUCUGUCUGUUUCGAAGUUACAGGCAAGAUUCUAUUGAGUUACUUUUGAAUCCAGGAACAGUCAGUGAUUUUAAUUUAUACUAUUUUUGGAAAGCACAGGAACACUAGAAUUGGUUCUUUUUAUGUGUCAGAGGUAAUGGAAUUAAAUUGAGAGAUAUAAUUAUGCCUUUUAAUUAUGAUAAAAUAGUAGGGAAAAGAAAGAAAAAAAAUUAUGAAUGAUUUUAAUUAAAUCUACACCAUGCCCUUUUAGAUUUGCAAAUUCUAAGUCUGAUUUCAAAAAUAAAAUUCUCAAUUCAGCCUCUCAAGUACCUGCGGUGAAAAUUUUAAUUCCAUUAGUUUUAAAGGCAGUUUUCAAAUUACUUUGUUUUUUCAUGUCAAAUUUCUUACGCCCUCCAUUUUUGUUAAUAUACAUAUCUGCAUUAAUACUUGAGAUUCCGUAGGUGAUGUACAAAGAACUGUUUACAAAAUACAAUGGUUCUGGUCUCAGGGUGUCCUUAUGCUAUGUGAAUUAAGUUAGAUUUACACAGCGAACAACUCUUGCUAAUUCAAUUGUGACUUUUUUUUCUGUCUUAUAUUGGAACCUCAUCCUUAAUUGUUUUCCACUUGUAAUUUGCUCUUUGAUCCUUUUUCGGGGGUGUUUCUUCCUUUCUUUUCCUUUUCAAGUGUUUAUGUUUUUUUUUUUGUUUUUUUUUUUUGUGUAAAUGUUAUAAUAUUCACACUUCCCUAUCAAAAGUGCAUGAAUCAUAGUCAAACUUGCAAAAUUUGAAAAUCUAAUAAUCAAAUUGUCUUAGGUUUAUUUUUUACCAGGAGGGGACUUUCAGUUCAAUAGUUCAAAAUUUCAAAACAUAUUUGAACUCCUUCAAUCAUAGGAAAGUCAAUUUUUCUGCCUUAUCAAUCAUAUUGAUAUUAUAAAUUCACAAAUCUUUUAUACAAUUUUUCCCUCCAUUUGAUUGCAUUUAUUAGCAGAAUAUCACAGAUUGUGUCAACGCACCUCUUGGCUUUCAAGCCUUUUUGACUCAUAUUUUGAUCGUUUCUUGUUUUUGUAAUCUCUUUUUUUUUUUUUUUAGUUUUACUCAUUCUCAAAUUUGGAAGUGUUUUUAUUUUUAUCUCCCAAGAUGUUUUUCUGGUCGAUCAUUGUUUUUAUUUUUAAAUGAAUCGUUUUCUCAUCAUUCUAACAGUCAAAUCUAAUUGUAAUACUUCCCUCUGCAUUUAGCUGCAUUGCUCAUAGAAAAAGAACAAAUUAGAUAAAUAUGGAAUCAUAGGGUAUAAAGCAUACAUUUUUUUAAAAAAAAUUAUCACUAAAUCAAAGAAUGAAUGAAUGAUAAUAAUUUGGCUGAAUGCUGUACAGGUAGUUAUUAUCGAAAGUUGAAUUUUGUAAAAUGUUGUAAUAAUAACCAGUCAGUUUUUAUAUUUUUGUACAUUAUAUUUUAUUAAUUAAUUAAAUAAAUAACUACAUCACGA